AUGACAAGCGAUAGCUCACCUAAUUUUGUGGGAUCACUAGCACGUAUAGUCGCGCCUGAAUUCCCUCUAAUUCUUUCACUUAUAUUUGGCGGUUGCUGCAGGCAGCUAGUGACAUUCGGCCAGUUUGCUUUUGUGGCAUUAGAAGGGUUACGCCAUCACCUUGAAUGGAGUCGCUACGGACCGCGACUAAAGCCAACUGUAGUCCCGCUUUCUCGCUGGCUACUUCUUGUCUCUAUAUUUUUUGUUGUAUCAGUGCUUAACAAUUUGGCGCUUGGUUACCGGAUAUCCAUGCCAUUGCAUAUCAUUUUCCGCAGUGGUGGUUUGUUUGCAAACAUGGUCAUGGGCGCCGUGAUCUUGGGGAAAAGGUAUCCGAAGGGUCAAGUGAUUGGUGUUGGAUUGGUUACAAUGGGUGUUGUCUGGGCAACGUUGGAUAACGCCAAUCCAUCUGCAAAAGGGGGCGAAGAUCAGGCAGACACCGGCGAGUUUCUGAUCGGCAUUACUAUUUUGGUCAUUGGCAUGAUUUUAUCAGCUGGCAUGGGAUUGAUCCAAGAAGUGACCUACAAGAAAUAUGGCAAGCAAUGGCGAGAAGGACUUUUCUACACGCAUUUUUUAGCUUUGCCGAUGUUCGUGUUCUUCUACAAGGAUUUGAUGGAAAACGUCGCCGUAUACAAUGCUUCGCCUGCUGCGCCACUUCCAGUCGUUUUUAAACAGGUACCCGUGUUGGGCCAGAUCCUCUCGACCUUGCUUCCUGAACCGAUCCGAUCUGUUCUGGAUACCAUUGUUGUACCCAAAUUAUGGGCGUUCUUGGCUCUUAAUGUGCUAACACAAUAUGUGUGCAUUGCUGGCGUGAAUCGUAUGACCGCAGCUGCUUCGUCGCUGACACUAAACCUUGUCCUCAACCUCCGCAAGUUUACUUCGCUGUUGAUCUCCAUUUUCUACUUUGACAACGAUUUUGGCGUGGGCGCACAAAUGGGAACGGGGUUGGUCAUUCUCGGAACAAUCGUAUAUACCCAUGCGGGCAUAACGUCUUCGAGGAAACCCAAAGAAACAGUGUCCAUAGACCAGAAAAAACAACAACAGCAGUCGCCCGCAGCUACUGCUACUACUGAUGGUGACAAAAAGACAAAUUAG